AUGAAUGCUAAAAUUGAAGAUCUCAGAGCCACCAUGCAGUUACAGCUUGUCUCGAUCAGAAGUGAAAACAUGGAUUUGACAAAGAAACUGCAGACUCUUGAAUCCAAGUUCCAAUUACACGACCAAACCUCUAUGUCUGAAUUAGAUGCAAACAACACGGCUGUCGAAUCUGUUAAAACUGCAACUGGGACGUUCUUGUCGAAUUCAGGGAUUGCAAGGAAGCGAGAGAACAGAGAUUAUCCGCAUACACGGGUAGGAGCCGACGUUCAUGAGAUGAUUGCAUUCUACGCAUGUCUUAGUCAUGACGUUUCAAAUCCCCAAAGAGACACAGUUAUAAAGUUCAAUCAUGUUAUUACCAACCUCGGUGGUGCAUACAGUCCGAACACAGGUGUGUUUAGAUGUCCGAAGGCCGGACUUUACGUCUUCACCUGGAGCAUAACGUCACACCUACACGGUCAAGUGGAUACCCUCAUCAAGAAAAAUGGUGGGGCGGUUGGGGCAACUCUGACUGCCAGCUUGGAUGACAAAGACAGUCGUGUUGGUUCCAAUAGUGUGAUUCUCGAACUUGCUCAAGGCGACGAAAUUGAUAUCUUAGUAACCUAUAGUAGUGGUUCCGAUUCUAUUCGUAGUCUGUUUAGUUCCUUUUCUGGAUACUUAAUAGAUUAUUAA